CAGCAAUAUAUAUUCAUUCAUCACUGUCUACUGCACGUCGUGGAGACUGAGAAUGCGGCCGCAUUUCGCAUCGGUACCAACUUGGCCGCAGCAAGUGACGUUAGUGGAGCACUAUCUUCGGCAUUUGUUUGUGAAAAUGGCAGUAUCGGCUUCCCUAACAGCAUUAUCAGUAGCGAUUUUGCGAGUAAAUUGGGCGUCAGUGAUAUCCAGAUUUUGGGUAACAAUGGAGCGACCACUUUUAUUGGGCUUCCUCAGCAGCACCAGUCAAGUGCUGCUUGGAUGCCUGCACCACGAAUUGAGGUACACCAGAAUCCAGCAUUUGAUGACGAUGAGGGAAUCGCUGAGUCCGGCUUGUAA